GUGGAUCACCAUCUGCAAGGACCGGGUCGGAUCGGACGUGCCGCGUGCGCCCGGGCGGCGUGAUGGCCUCCAAGACCACCGCGGCGAGGACGACGACGGCGGGCCGCCAGCACCACCUGCCGCGGCGCAGGCCCGUGCCCAGCGGGCCGCCGGUGGUGAUCGCACAGCAUGAGUGCCCCAGCGCGAUGCGCGCCCACGUCCUGGAGGUGCCCCCGGGCCGCGACGUCCUCUCGUGCGUCGCCGCGUUCGCGCGGCGCGGGCGGCGGGGCGCGCUGGUGCUGGGCGCGGCCGGCCGCGUCGCCGACGUCGUGCUCCGGGACCCCGCCGCCGCCGCGCUGGUGCUCCGCGGCACCACGGAGAUACUGGGCCUGGCCGGCUGCUUCUUCCCUUUCCCCAGCCCCGGCGCGGCGGGGACGGCGGUGUUCCUGGCAGGGCCACGGGGCACCGUGCUGGGCGGCGCCGUCGCGCCGGGGGGGCUGGUGGCCGCCGGGCCGGUGGUGGUCGUGGUGGCCACGUUUGUCGCAGCGGCGCUGGACAGGCUGCCGUUGCUCAAGGGGGAGGAGCCCGUGCAUGGACACCGCGGCUGGCCGGUGUGCCCAAAGCAGCAACAGCAGCAGCAGCAGCUGGGCCUGGGCGCCAAUAAGAUCUUGCCGAGCGCCGCGCCGAGGGAAAUCAAUUAAAUUAAAGGGCUCAUCGAUGUUUGAAUUUUAAUUGAAUAGAUUAUAGAUGAAACAUGCAUCUCAUUGCGUGCGUCUUGAGCUGUUCUCGCUA